AGUACAACUUUACAUACCUGCAUUGGCCCACCGAGCGCCUUUGUUUGUUUGCACUAUGUUGUGAACUUUUACACGCUCGCGGGCGCUUGCAGCCGAGCACUCCACAGCGUACGACGACAGUUGUGAGAGUUGUGGCAUUGGUGUCGGUGUCAUGCAGUGACGUGACGCACUCAAAGCAAGACAAGGGCCACAGAUAACACCAACAGAAGUCACUGUUGCUGUACAACGUCAACGCGAACGACGGCGAACACUUUGACGCGCUCUCUAUUUCCAUUCUUUCGCUUACUUUACUACAACGGACGUGCGGGUGUUUGCUUUUCCUUUGUCUUUUGACCAUGUUCAGGUUGAUUUGUGGUUAAAGCUGCUUUGUGCUGGCAGCGAAUGUGGCACGCUCGUGACAAGCGAACAAAAUAACAAUGGCCAAACAGGCGAGUGAUUAAAAAUUACUCAUACGCCUUUGGGGGGAAAGUGAACUAAAGACUUUUUUGUGUUAAAUAGAAAAAAAAUAGAAUUAAACUAAGGUGCAGAAGUGAAUAACCUUAAGAAAAAUAUUAUUGAAAGCACACGUUUGCUUGGUGCGCGCACAAAAGUAGGCAGUGAAAAUGGCAAGCAGCGACAUUGAUUAGCGCUAACUCACAGUGUUUGGUUUAAGCUUUGUUGUGCCACCACAACAAUGUGUGUCUAAGUGUUUGUGUUAAUAUGUAAAGCAAUUUGCUAUAAGUGCUAUGAAAAUGGCAAAAACUUAACAAACAACGCUUGAGAGCUUCUUUUCCCCAAACAUAUGUAAUACUUGAUGCAUACUUUGCGGCGCUUAACAACAUUGAACCACCACGAAAUCCUUGACCUGAACCAAUGCCGACGCAGAAACUGAAACUUCAACAAAACCAAAGCAUAUCGACGGCAACCAGACAAGUUCAUGUAACACCAGCAACAACAACAAAAACAGUAACAGUAACAUUAGCACAACUGCAAUAACAAUAACAAAGACGGAAGUAACAACUACAAAUUACACAAACAAAAACUAAUAAGUGCACUAAUGUCUAAACCAAAGUUCGCCAACAAAAUAUAUAGAUUUCCUGCUAAAGACAUCCCGCAGCUGGGAAAACUGCACACAUUCCCAUGCAAAUGGAUGCCUGUCGGCAGCGGCUCCGUGUUUGCUGCUCUCUACGUCGCAAAGUUAAGGCACACAGCGCUUACAUAAAAGAUAAUAACGGCAAAUUAAGUGCAACACAGCCAAAGAGCGCAGCCAUAAACCGUACAACAACACCAGCAACAACAGAAAUAACAACUGCACUAAGUUUAGCGCUUAAGCCAGCAACAACAAAAGCGCACAGCGGCCACAACAGCGCGUCAGCUGUGCGUCGCCUGACAAGCUCAGCGUAUGCGUGUGGAGGACCACAGCGGCCAAGGGAGGUGAAAUCUGUGCAACGCCAGUGCAAGUGCAGCGCACAAGCACAGCUGACACUGGUGGCAGUAAACGUUUGCGCUUGCAAUUACAGCCGCGGUGAAGGAACUACUGCACGCGCCCACCUGACAGCCAUACGCUUCACAUUGAACCUGCUUUACCACGUGUUUGUUGCUGUUGGUGCAGCCUUAACGGUAUUGCUAGAACGUUGCUGUGUUGGCAAGGCGCAAGGUAUUCUGAAACGCCCACAGACGCAUUUACCGUUAGCCAAUUCAUUGCGGCUGGCUGCUGGAAAAUCCCAUUGGCCGCAAACGCUCCACACGCCGACAACAAUGGGCUCAUGUUUCGGGCGCUGCGUGUCGAAGGAUGCUAAUGGCGGCGGUGUGGCCUCCACCGCAACAUCCUGUUUGUGGCGUCGGCAGCAACAUGCAACAGAUGAACAAGAAGCGGAACUCGUGUCGAAUGCGAGCGACAAAUGCCCGAGAGAGAAUUUCAUAUAUCGCAUUAUUAAAUUCAAAACGAAGCAAAAGCGGCCACAGUUCAUUGACAAGUUCUGGGAGCAACAGGAUAUGCAAUACACGAAAUUACCCAAUAGAAAUGGCACCGAAGGCCUCUCCGACAUUCAACUGCAGAAUCUCGACGUACACAAUUUACUCAGCAACGCCAUUCUCGCCAAGGAGUCAGCGCUCAAUUACUGCCUGACUGAAGCUCAAUACGCCGCGGCCAGCUCGCGCGCCAGUUCCUCGCUCGAUCUAGAAUGGGAGCAUGAGUACGCACACAUGCGACAACUCUAUCAGCCGCCUCCGCAUACGCAUCGCAGUACGCAAUCCCUACUACAAGCCAGUACACUCAACAGCAACAACAACCUCGCGCAAUAUACCAACGGCAACAACACACCGUUACAUCACCUACACACGCUCAACAAUAACCACCACACGCUGGAUCUGAGCAAACGUAGCCACACUUACGACAAUCACCCGCUGCACGUGCACCUCAACAAUUCAUGGCAAUAUCUAAGCAACGACGAUGAGCAGCUCAGCUCAUUAGCUUCAUACUCGCAAUCGCUGUCGCUACCGCAUGCGCCACUAAACGCCGCAGCAAUGGCGCUGGCGACAGCCAAAGCAGUUGAGCGCGGUGAGCAGCGCUUGCGCACGCGUCGUGUGGCGCCACCGCCGAUCAACGAACGACGUAACAGUUCCUUUACGCGCACCUUUUCGUCGCACAACUCAUGGUCGCACAUCUCGACGCCGGAGUCGCUCGAGUGGGAUCAGGAUGAGGAGCAGCAGCGGCAGCUUCGGGUGGAGGACGACAAUUUGGAUGACGAGACACUCGAGCUGCUGCAUCAGAUUGAACAGUUGAAGAACCGCGUGUUGGACGAAACCGGCGAUGGACUCUAUGAUGACGGUCUGGUAGCUGCGGGGGAGAGCGAAGCGGGUGAGGGCGUACAUUUUAUGAUCGGUGGACAGUACAGUGCAGAGGAUGGACGCAAAGAUAUCAGUUGAUCAGCUGCAUGCGGCUUGCGGUGCAUAAGAGGAAUUUGUGGUGGAGUUAGGUUGGCAGCAUAUAUCAAUUAUUGAUUGGAAUGUACUGUAUAAUCAAGUGCCUAGACUAAUGUAUCAUUAUAUAUUACAAAUAAUAUUUAAUUACAGUUACUGUUAAUGUUAGUCUAAAAGCUAGAACACACGGUCAUGGCAAGAAAGUUUCGUUAGUGAGAUCGUACGUUUUGGCUUGGUUGUACUGAAAUGUUUGAGGUACAACCAAGAUCGAGAAUGCCUGAAACAGCUGUCAGCAGGGCUUCGUUCGUAACUGUAAAAAUCCAACCAUAAUACGUAUUCUCCUCAUUUACUGGAACACGUCGGUUUUAACAUACCACAUAUUUAAUUCCUCCAUCAUAUCUCAACCAGUCGUCAGACCUCUACUAACUAAACGAGAACUUUAUAAUGGAGAGCGCUUAAUCUACACUAUACGAUUCUCGUUCGGUUCAUUUACGAUCUUAUCACCUACUUGUAUAACAAGCCAGCUGUUAUGAACCCAUAUCUCCCGACCUUUUUUUUUUGUUUCCCCAACUGACGUAAGAAUGCACAUAUCCGUCGAUAACUACGAACCUAUUGCAAAAAGGUCUGAAUCCUAGAAGCAAAUUGCCAUGACCAUUGUUUUUCAUAUGAGUGUUAUCGAAAAUUAAUUAAGUACGAACGUUAUGGAAUCCAAAGUCGAGGUAUAAAUGUGUACGCAGUUAAAAUAUUUAAUAAAUUUUUGUAGUUGUAUCGUAUCAUAGUGUUGAGAAGACUUCCAAGGCAAAUAAUAAUGUUGAAAUUUAGACAGCAUAAGAUAAGCGGUUACUUUUUUAGAGUCGAAGCAUAGUAUGUAGCUUGCACCCUUAAAAUAAUGUUAUUGAUUUUUAUUGAUCAUAUAUAUACAGGUCCUAAACAUAGACAUUGGCUUCUUACUGAUUCGAUCUUAAUUUCAGUCGAUGUAGAUGGUUGUCCCGGAUUAACCCAUGAUUUUCUCCGUUUAGGAUUCUUAAAAUAAAUCCUUUUUUCAUCGUCAGUGACAGUUCAAUUCAAAACUGCGUGCUUUUUCUGUGUCUUUCAGUCAAUAUAACGAGUUUUCAAUAGGGACGCUACAAAAGUAGGCCGAUAGUGGCACCGAACGAAGCCAUAUAUUUUUCCCACUCUUAUGACAUCUCUUUUCAACAAGGUUUGCCAUUUCAUAAUGGAGAGAUAAACGAACCAGCAACGAGUCAAAAUUAUUAAAAUUUACUACCGAAAUUCGGAGUCAGUGGCCUCAACUUUAUAUGGCAUCCAUUUGUGACAAUUUUGAAUCUUCCGCAUAGUUCUCAAACGGUCUCAAAUUGUUUUUUUUUGUAACAUUGAACAUAGCGGCCAUUUGCUUUUGACCGAAAGUAUCGUCCUCAUCCAAUAUUGCUUAAAGUUCAGUGUCUUCAAACUGUUUUUGGUAAUCUUCCACGUUUUUCAUUUCUCACAUCAAAAUCAUUAUCUCUGAACAGUUGAAACCAUUUCUUGCAUGCUGCUUCUGAUAGAGCAUUAUAUCUAUCUUAUAUGCCUCGACUAGCAUUAAUACAAAUUUUAUACCGAUAUACAUAUAUAUAUCAGGUAUAUAUGAUCAAUAUUUAAAAAACCAAAAAUGCCGUUAUACCAUAUUAAGAACAAGGAAAACAAAGCCUUAACCCUAA